UAUGAUUUGAACCAACACGAAACACUGUUGCUCGCUAACAGGAUGAAUCUGGGUUGGCUUCAUGCAGUCACGCUGCUGUGGGCCCUGUGCCCCAGUACGCGAGGUCAGUGUGAUAAAUCAUCAGAGACCGGCAAACUCAACCUUUCGGUGACUUACGAGCUCCCGACGUUCACCGCAGACUUCCCCAUCCAGAACAUGGUGACGCUGGAAGGGAUCAUCUAUGUCGGGACUGUGAACCGAAUCUUCGCUUUGGCCCCGAACCUCACGAAGCUCUCAGAGUACCACACGGGGCCGCUGCUCGCCAACGAGACGUGCGGCCGGACACCGACCGGCACGGGGGGCGGCAGCAGGGUGGACAACCACAACAUCGCCUUGGUGGUGGAGAACAUUUACGACAAAGGGUUGUACAGCUGCGGCUCGGCAGACAACGGCGUUUGCCGCCGUCACGUCCUGGAUGAUGAAGACAUGAGCCCGAAAACUGUGGACGAACAGGUGUACUGCUUCGCUGACAAGGUGAGGCAAGGCAGGGGUCAACCCAGCGACUCGGAUGUUGUGGUCAGCCCUUCAGGCUCUCAGGUGCUCAAUGUGGAGAGCAACGUCAUCAAGUUUUUUGUUGGGAACUCCGAGAUCCCCGGUUUAGAAAAGGUAUCGGAGAACGCAACGCAUCCCCACACACUUUCUCUGCGGAAGAUGAAGACGAGCCAAAAUGGCUUCACUUUCUUCUCCAACCACUCGUACAUGGACCUGAUUCCGCCUCUCCGCGGAAAGUACUACCUGCGCUACGUCUACUCCUUCCACAGCGGACCCUUCACCUACUUCCUCACCGUGCAGCGGGUGAGCAGGGACUCUCGGGCCUACCACACCCGCAUCGUUCGCAUGUGCUCCUCAGACCUGGUGAUCCGCCGCUACGUGGAGAUGCCCCUCGAAUGCAUCAGCACCGACAAGAGGCGGCGACGCUCCACAGAAGACGUGAAAGUGUUCAACAUCCUGCAGGCGGCCCACGUCGCCAAGGUGGGCAGCGAUGUCGAGCUACAGAAGCAGCUGAAGGUGGAGGAGGACGACGACGUGCUGUUCGCCGCCUUCGCCAGAGGAAAACCCAACUCUCCGGAGCCGACUCCGAACUCGGCCGUCUGCAUCAUGUCGCUGAAACACAUCAACAACAUGUUCAAGAUGUACAUGCAGAGGUGCAACACGGUGGACCCGUAUCACUUCACUGGGUCGGAGAAGAAGUCCUGCUACAAUGUGAGCUCAUCCGACGACUGCGACCCACACGAGGGGAUCCACGAAGGGAAAGAGGGCAAGUACCGCCUGCAGGUGACCCAGUUCGUCCAGAGGUUGGAGUACUGGCACAAAGAGCUGACGAACACCUUGGUCACAUCUAUCAAUGUGGUUCCAGUCCAUGGCCGAGCAGUGGCGUUCCUGGGCACCGCCGACGGACGCCACAUACAGGUGCUGUUCUCCCGAUUUGCCUCUCCUCAUGUCAACAUACACCUGGACUCGAGACCCGUCUCCUCCAGCGUGGCACUGCUGGACGACAACCACUCAGAAGGAGCCAUGCUAAUGGCCACAGGGAACAAGAUCACCAAGGUGCCCUUGAUAGGCCCCGGCUGUGGUCAGCUGACCACCUGCACUUCCUGUUUGCUGUCAUCCAGGGUGACUGAUUGUGGCUGGUGUGAUGGCCGCUGCACCAGAGCCAACCAGUGUCCCUCCUCCAUCUGGACACAACAGCACUGUACACCUGUCAUUACCAAGGUGUUUCCCGCCUCUGGGCCAAUUCGAGGUUCUACAACGGUGACGAUUUGCGGACGCAACUUUGGCUUCGACAAGACGGAGAGCUUCAAGGCGUCGCUGGUGUCUGUGGAGGUGGCGGGAGCUCACUGCAAACUGCCCCGACAGGACAACGCAAACAGGUGGACUGAAAUGCAGUGUUCCCCAGUAUUCAGUGGGAACUUCACCCCGUCGGGUCACACGGUGAAGGUCACCACUGGCAACAAGGUAGCCAAGAUGGAGGGCUUCACCUUUGUGGAACCGGAGAUCCACGAAAUCUUCCCGACAUUUGGGCCGAAGUCCGGAAACACCAUGCUGACCAUCAGAGGAGUCUUCCUGGACACUGGAAACAAGCAGGAGGUGACAGUUGGGAAAGCAGCCUGUAAAAUCCAGAGCUUGUCGUCCACCAUGCUGACCUGCAAAACGCCUCCCCACGCUUUUCCCUCGGAGCAGCCUGUGAAGCUGACGGUGGACUCGGUGGAGCUCCACGCCCCCGUGCUCUUCACCUACAACCAAGACCCCAUCAUCAACAGCAUCCAGCCCUCGCGCUCCUUCGUCAGCGGAGGCUGCACGGUGUCGGCUCACGGCUUCUUCCUCCAGUCCGGCCUCCAGCCCCAGAUGGUCCUCACCACCGGGCAGGAUGCUGAAGUCUUCCAUGUGAGCUGUGUGUACGGCGAGAACAGGACGUCCAUCCAGUGCACCACGCCCUCGCUGGCUAAACUGGCCCUGCAGCCGCCGGUGGUCACCAAGGUGGCGUUUGUCCUGGACGGCUACUCCACGGAUCAGUGGGACCUCAUCUACGUGGAAGACCCCCUUUUCCAGGACCCCAAGCUCACCUCCAAGGACAACAAGAGCAUUGUGGAGCUCAAGGGCGAUCGGAUGGACAGGGAGGCGAUGAAGUGUCAGGUUCUGACCGUCUCCAAUCACAGCUGCGAGAGUCUGACUCUGGUUGGAAACACUCUGGAGUGCACCGUUCCCACCGAGCUGCAGGCCACCACCGCCAGGGAGCUGCAGGUGGAGUGGCGGCAGGCGGACUCCAUCAGGCACCUGGGCAAGGUGACGCUGGCGCAGGAGCAGGACUACACCGGCCUCAUCGUGGGCUGCGUGUGUGUCAGCUUGCUGCUGCUGCUGCUGGGAACUCUGCUGAUGUGGAGGAGGAACAAACACAUCGAUGAUCUGUCUGAGGUGUGGUAUGAUGGCCGGGGUCACAUCCAGCAUCUGGACAGGCUGGCUAACGCGAGGAGCGUCAGCCCCACUAAUGAAAUGGUCUCCCACGAGUCAGUCGACUAUAGAACAACCCUGCUGGAGGAUCAGGGCACCGACAGGCCCGAGACGUGCCGCGCAGCUCCUCCCAUCUACGGAGGCAACGGCGAGCUGCUGUCUCCCAGACUGGGGGUGCUGGGUGGAGGAAUGGGGAUGGGUCUCGGGAUGGAGGGCGAGCUGGUGUCACCUCUGCUGAUGGCCCCGGUCCACAUAGAUCCGUCCUGUCUCCACCCGGACCUGCUGACUGAGGUGCAGCACGUGGUGAUCGCCAGGGAGCAGCUGCUGCUUCACCUCAACCAAGUCAUCGGCAGAGGUCACUUCGGUUGUGUUUUCCACGGAACUCUGCUGGAGCCGGACGGGCAGAAGCAGCACUGUGCCGUCAAGUCCCUGAACCGCAUCACAGAUCUUGAGGAGGUGUCCCAGUUCCUGAAGGAGGGGAUAAUCAUGAAGGACUUCAGCCACGCCAACGUGCUCUCUCUGCUGGGUAUCUGCCUGCCGCCCGAGGGGUCGCCGCUGGUGGUUCUGCCCUACAUGAAGCACGGCGACCUGCGCAACUUCAUCCGCGAUGAGGCACACAACCCGACAGUGAAAGACCUGAUGGGCUUCGGGCUGCAGGUGGCCAGAGGGAUGGAGUAUCUGGCCAGCAAGAAGUUUGUCCAUCGAGACCUCGCCGCCAGAAACUGCAUGUUGGAUGAGAGCUACACAGUAAAGGUGGCAGACUUUGGUUUGGCCAGAGACGUUUACGAUAAAGAAUAUUACAGCGUCCACAACAAGAGCGGAGUCAAGCUGCCGGUCAAAUGGAUGGCUCUGGAGAGUCUGCAGACACACAAGUUCACCACCAAGUCAGACGUGUGGUCGUUUGGCGUGUUGCUAUGGGAACUGAUGACCCGCGGAGCCCCGCCAUACUCUGAUGUGAACUCCUUUGACAUCACCGUGUUCCUCCUGCAGGGGAGGAGGCUGCUGCAGCCCGAGUUCUGCCCUGACGCCCUCUACACCGUGAUGAUCGAGUGCUGGCAUCCGAAGCCGGAACGCCGGCCCUCUUUCUCCGAGCUGGUGUCGCGCAUCUCCGCCAUUUUCUCCAGCUUCAGCGGGGAGCACUACGUCCUGCUCAACACCACCUACGUCAACAUCGACAAGAUGAGCCCUUACCCAUCGCUCCUCGCCUCCACUUCUUCCUCCACCAACAAUACUGCUUCCUCCUCGUCUUCCACAUCCGACCCUUUGACCUCCACGUCCCUGCCAUCCCAGUCCCCCUUCUUUUGCCACGUGGAGCGAGACUGCUGCACCUGAGAGAGGAAAACGGACAGAAGAAGAAUGGGUUGGUGGAUAAAAGACUCAGAAAUGGAGAAAAAGAGCGAGGAAGAAAGCAGUGAGGUGACGAAGAACUACUGUAUGUACUUGCCAAACACUGGACACUGUAUGCUGAGGAAAAACACAGACAGUUUUGGAGCUUUGACUGUUCACUCAAUGUACAUAGAUCCUCGACCUUUGACCUUCUCAAGCAUCGCCGAACGACAGGAGCCUCCGUGAACUAUAGGGGCUGACAUUAUCGACUUCGCCGACCAUUCUGACCUUUCAUUGACCCCAGGGAGGGGGAGGUCAGCCUUCCUGCGUCUUCUACAAGACAAUUACAAGGCACAGGAACGCCUCCUCGAAGAUUUCCAGCGGACAAAGCCACUGUCACAGAAGCACAUUUGUCAAACACCCAAAAAAAAAAAAAACAAACCGC